AUGAGCCGAGCUGUUUGGCUCGAUGGCCUCAGGGGCAUCGCGGCGGCCAUCGUGGCGACUGACCACUAUUUCAUGGGCGCCGUGUUGCACGCCGGCUUCAGGUCCUUCUGGGCGGAUCCGCCCGAGGAGAAUCGUAAACUCAUGCAGUUGCCUCCCUUUCGCCUGAUCUUUGCUGCGCAUGCCAUGGUGCCCUUGUUCUUUGUCAUCUCAGGUUACGCCAUCUCAAUCAAUCUCAUCCGACUAAGGACCGGCAAUAACAGUGACGGCUUCCUUCGCCGGCUGUCUUCGGCAGCUACGCGCCGCGGCUUGCGCAUCUAUCUCCCCGUGUUCUGCAUCACCGUCAUUUCGCAGGCCCUCUUCUUUCUCAAUCUCUUUUCAUGGGUACCUGGAGAUGACGUUGUAUGGGGUCGAAAACCCUGGACUGCACCAUGGUUUCAUGUUACUUUUGUCGUCCGGUACAUGCUCGACAACAUCAAUAUCAUCGCCAUCCAAUACAACGGCGGUCUCAAUGGCCAGCUUUGGACUAUGGCUCUCGAGUUCCGCGGGUCUUGCGUUGUCUAUCUCGCCCUCCUGGGUCUGACGUUUUGGAAGCCGAAGCCUCGACUUUGGCUGCUUGUGGCUUCGAUGGCUUACAUGUUCUACUUUGGGUAUUGGGAUGUGGUGGGAUUUCUGGCGGGAUACUGGUUGGCUGAGCUGCAAGUCUUGUCCGAGUUGCAAACUGUCAGCACCGAGGCAGAAUACCUAGCCUGGCUCAAACCAUAUAUCCCGGUCCAGGCGCGAUCCGUCAACUUCAGCACCAUCCAAACGUGGGUCAUGUUCGUCGUCGGCAUCUGGUUUCUCUGCUUGAGCGAUGACGGUGCUCUCCCACCGGGGUAUCAAUUCUUACAGAUUGCCGAAUCCUCACGAUGGGAUGGGAACUGGGGGACCAUUGAUAAGUCGUGGAAAACGGUUGGCUCCGUGCUGGUUGUCUCUGCGAUCAGCGCCACAGAGCUACUUCAACACCCCCUCAACUCCAAGCUUGUACAGUAUUUGGGGAGGAUCUCUUUCUCGCUAUACCUCGUACAUCAAUCCAUCUACCACGUGUUCUCUGACCCUGUCAGGAAUAUGCUUUGGUUCAUAGCCACAGGGGGAACGGAAUCCGAGGUUGGCGCGAGUGAAAACAAAUUUGCAGGCGCAGUCUGUUGGAUUGGGGGCUACAUCAUCCUCUCAACAAUCAACUUGUAUGCGGCAAACGUAUACACGAGAUUCGUCGACGAGCGAUGCAUAAAUAUUGCAAAGCGGUUUGACCUUUGGGUCUCCCAGUAG